CGUGUGCAGAGUACGACCGGACAGAGUCGUACUCCGUUUGCCCCUGGCACUGAGGGGAGGGGCCUCAGGCACACCGUGCCCCUUGUGAAGUGGCCGCACUCGAUCUCAGAGGUCCCCACAGCCUCCCAGUAUCUGUCGUGCACCUGUGAUGUGCCAGAGACAUUUAAAGCACGCCGCCACAAUCCGGAAGCUUACGGGGCUCUGGACGGACCAAACGCUUAUGCGGAGCGUCAGGAGGGACGUGCACCCUGACAUUGGCAUCUCUUCCAAGGCCAUGAGCAUCAUGAAUUCGUUUGUGAACGAUGUGUUUGAACGGCUGGCUGGCGAGGCUGCCCGGCUGGCCCAGUACUCGGGCCGAACCACACUGACCUCCCGGGAAGUCCAGACGGCCGUGCGCCUGCUGCUGCCCGGGGAGCUGGCCAAGCACGCCGUGUCCGAGGGCACCAAGGCCGUCACCAAGUAUACCAGCUCCAAGUGACCCAGGACCUAACGUUAAUAAAGGGUGAACUGCUCCCGCA